CAUAUAGAGUAGGACAAUGAACUGCAGCCCUCUGUCUGUAAACAUGGUGUACGUAGCCAGGGGUGUACGCUUGCCAUGAAACUCACCUUCCUGCUUUCCGCUUGUAUUAUGCUGAAGCUAUAAUGGUGUUAGGCCGCAAAAAUGGUUCAGGAAUGUACAAGCGAAAGAUCGAGGCAAACGCGCUUACAUACGAUGCCGAUUCCUUGUUGGCUUCUCUCUCUCAUGCUUGACCCAAGUCCCCAGCUACCUCCUGAGCUUGUUCAUGCAAUCAUCUCAGCGUUCUGGUACCGUGAACGUCCCUCAAGGGAUAGGAUUGUAUUCAUGACAACAUGUCCCCUCAUUAACAGCCUCUGGAAGGAUGUCUUUGCCCACAUUACUUCCCGGGACAUUCACGUUCCAACGGCGAGAUACCUCCUCUAUCUUAGUUCUAUCAUACGCAACAACAAUUCUCUGAUCUACGAACUUCAUCUUCCCAAUUCCACUCGUACGAUCACUUGUCACGUCGACCUUGUCAAAUCAAACGACGCCGCCCAGGAAUCAUACACAAUCUUAUCCAAUCUGCCCAACUACAUUGGCUUUCGUAAAUGUUUUCCAAAUAUCACACAGAUAGUCCUAGAAAUCAGGUGUCGCUUCCGACGUGGAUGGUACCUUCUCAUACUGUCUCGGCCACGAAUGAUCUGGACUCGAAUAUCCAUAGCGCUUGAUCAGGCGCCGACACAACUUAGUGUCCUACCUGUGGACUGGGAAAUCAUCACUUACAAACCGGCGCGCGAUUUUAUCUAUAGAGAAUGUUGCAUUCCCACUUGGGUAACGUUUCUAGACCAUGUCACUCGUUCUAUGGCCCCUGACGCGUUGCUCGAUUGCGUCAGAGCAGUCCCUUUCGAGGACAUGAUAUCGCGUUCGGCAUAUUGGAAUUCCUUCUGGCGGGUUUCUGGCCGUGGGGUCCAUACUGAGACGAAGGGUGAUGUGCGAGGCAUAAAUCGUCGCUUCGGAAAGACAGUACGAAGGCCAUUCAGCAGUUUAUGGGCAUUCUUUGCGGAAGCGUAUGAAGAUAUUACAUGGAUGGACAAUACUGUGCGCGAACGCUCAAAUUGGCGCGACAUCGUGUCACCAUGAACAGAGUAGAAUGAAGAGGUCCGAACCAGCUGCUUUCAUGAGUUUCUAUCAAUUUCGGCUGGGCAAGAUUGUACAAGGUUGGCUGAGACAGUUCACACAUGGUUGAUAGAUCUGUGACAUGCUAUUCCCUUACCGCCUUUGCUGUUGAUCUUCAUUGAUACUUGCGGAGAGAGAUCAUAGACAAAUUUUGCGCUGUCC